AUGAUCAUUGUCUCCGACAUAGUGACUAUUGAAGACCGUGGCAAAUACCAAGGCAUUUUUGGAGCUGUUAUCGCCCUGGCAAAUGGUACAGGGCCAUUCGUAGGUGGAGCUUUGGUUGACUCUGUCUCGUGGCACUGGGUCUUCUGGAUAGUGCCAAUGCUCGCCGUACCAGCCGCGCUCCUGAUUUUUUUCUUUCUGCCUCUUCAGUAUGAAAAGGGGAAUUAUAAGGAGAAGGUUAAGAAAAUCGACUAUGGCGGCAUCGUCCUCAAUUUGGCCGCUGUUCUGCUCAUCCUCAUCCCGCUCUCCGGGGGAGGCGUCCAGUAUCCUUGGAACUCACCACUUAUCAUUGCAAUGCUCUCUGUGGGCGGAUGUACGGCCAUAGCGUUCGUAUUGUAUGAAUGGAAGGUCGCCCAAGUUCCCAUCAUGCCAGUUCGACUCGUCAAUUAUCCGUACUGCUGGGCGCUCUAUGUCCAGAACUUCUUUACCGGCAUGUGCUUCUUCGGGAAUUUCUUUUACCUACCGAUAUACUUCCAGUCGGUCUUAGGGCUUUCAGCUCUGGUGUCAGGUGCCCUGCUUUUACCACUCAUUAUGGCGACUUCCUUCACGGGCAUUGUCAGUGGCCAAAUCAUGUCCAGGCGCGGACGAUAUUGGUGGAUUUGUGUGUCGGGAUUCGUCCUCUGGACACUGGGCACAGGCCUCAAAUGUGCUUUUAAUCGCUCCACGAAGAUUUGGCAUAUUGUACUUGUGCUAUUAGUCGAGGGAAUGGGCAUCGGAAACAUCCUGCAGUCAACGCUUGUGGCCAUUCUCGCAAACGGAAAUAACUCUGACAGAGCUGUUGCUACUGGACUACGUAACUUCAUACGUACCAUCGGCGGAGCCUUUGGCCUAAUCAUUUCUGGAGCUAUCCUCGCCAACACCUUGGAUACACGGCUUUCGCAUCUUCCGUUCAUGACACCGGAAAUACUUCGAAACCUCACUUCGUCAACUUAUUCGCUGGACAAGCUGGGCUUUGAUGGCAAGCAGAUGGACCUCGUACUUGAUACCUACAUUGCUGGGAUCCGGUAUAUAUACAUUCUAUAUACAGCUUCGGCAGCUACGAACCUAUUUCUUUGUGCUUGGAUUGGAAAUACCAAUUUGAGAGGGAAGCCCCCGACGGAAAACGAUGUGGAAGUGAACGAGGAAAGCGCUCCUUCGAUUCAGCAGGUGCAGGAAACGUCCAAAGAAGCUGAGGCCAACAAAGUCUAG